AUGCAGGAAUUGAGGAAAGGCCUACAGCAGCGCCACAUCCAGAUGAUUGCGCUAGCAGGUACAAUCGGAACUGGCCUCUUCCUCGGUUCAGGGCGAGCGCUAGCAAACGCAGGACCGGCUGGCAUAUUCAUGGGGUACACCUUCAUGGGGCUCCUAAUAUCCGGUGUAACACUCUCGAUCGGAGAGUUGAGUUCCCUCGUUCCACUUAGUGGAGGCGUGAUACGACCAGCUGCUUACUUCGUCGACCCUGCCUUCUCCUUUGCUCAAGGUUGGAACGUGACCUAUCAAUAUCUGAUCUCUAUCCCAGCGGAGAUCUCCGCUGCUUCGGUGAUUGUUCAAUAUUGGAUCACAAUCAAUAAUGCGAUUUGGGUCACCGUUUUCAGUGCUGUGCUCUUCGCGAGCAACCUCUUUCUUGUUCGCAUAUAUGGUGAAGUGGAAUUCACUCUGGCUAUUAUGAAGAUUAUUUUGAUUGUUGGCAUGAACAUCAUGGGGUUAGUGAUCACGACCGGCGGUGGUCCUAACCACAAGCCAAUUGGAUUCAAAUACUGGCACAACCCCGGUCCUUUUGUUCAAUAUCUCGGUGUGCCAGGAUCUUUGGGCCAGUUCAUGGGAUUCUGGACAGUAUUUGUCAAUGCGGCUUACGCAUACUCAUCGGUUGAGACUAUAUCCAUGGCGGCCGCGGAGACAUACGCGCCUCGAAGAAAUAUCCCAAAGGCCGCAAAAAGAGUAUUUGUUAGGGUUGGGUUGUUCUACGUCAUUUCUAUAUUUAUGAUCACUCUUCUGGUUCCCUCAGACGACCCAAUGUUGCUCAGAAGCACCGGGACUGCUGCACAGUCGCCGUUUUUAAUCGCAGCAGAGAGGGCCGGAAUCAGUGUGGUGCCUCAUAUCAUAAACGCACUUGUAUUGAGCAGUGCCUGGAGUUCGGGAAACUCGACUCUCCUGAGCGGUUCAAGAAUUCUCUUUGGUCUCGCCCGCGAGGGUCAAGCCCCAAGAUUCCUGGCCCGUACAAGUCGCUGGGGUGUGCCCUACAUGGGGGUCCUUGCUAUUGGGGUUUGGAUGGCUUUGGGCUAUAUGUCCGUAAGCUCAACCGCAGCGACUGUAUUCACCUGGUUGCAAGAUCUUGUCGCCUGUGCCCAAAUCAUGAGUUGGCUGGUCAUUUGUACGACCUAUCUACGUUUCUAUUACGCGAUGAAGAAACAAGGCAUUCCACGAAGUAGACUACCGUGGGCUGCACCGCUUCAACCUUACGCGGCGUGGAUAACGCUCAUCUCGCUUGCUAUCAUCCUGCUAACGGGGGGUUAUACCACUUUCAUACAUGGGCAUUGGUCCACUGAGACGUUUAUUUCGGCUUACCUUGAUAUUGGUAUCUUCGCUUCUCUAUACUUCGGGUACAAGAUUUGGUAUCGAACCAAGAUUGUCUCCUUGGAGGAGUCACCUGUUGCUCGAUUUGUCGAGAUUGCAGAGAAUGACCCUGAUCCGCCAGAACCUCCAAAGUCCAAGUGGUCGGCUCUCAAUUUCCUGUGGGGUUAA